UUGCGUGAUAUCACAUGUUCAUUCGUUAAGGUUGAAUUGACUAUCGCUGGAGGAUGCAGAAAUGCGGAAGAUCAGAAUCGGGUGCAGAAGUUGAAGGGCCUCGCAAAAGCCUGGGACUUGACUGAGAAUGUGAAGUGGAAACUCAAUGUAGCGUACGAGGAACUAUUAGAUGCUCUUUCGGAGUCGAUGAUCUCCAUACAUACAAUGUGGAAUGAACACUUUGGCAUCGUCGUCGUUGAAGGCAUGGCUGCUGGUACCAUCAUGUUGGCGCAUGAUUCCGGUGGUCCCGAACUAGACAUCUUACGGCCUGCCGAUUUGAAUAAGCAAGAACAACCACUUGGAUUCCUUGCGUCGACAAAAGACGGUUGGUGGAAUAAAAUGUUCAUUAUAUUUUCAUCAUUGUCGAUUUCAAAUUUUUCUUUUCGUGACUGA